AUGGUCAGAAAAUUAAAAUACCAUGAACAAAAAUUACUCAAGAAGGUUGACUUUCUUCAGUGGAAAAAUGAAAAUAAUAUAAGAGAAAUAAAAAUCAUUCGUCGUUACCAUUUACAAAAACGAGAAGAUUAUCACAAAUAUAAUAAAUUAUGUGGUUCAAUAAAAAAACUCGCCAAUCGUAUAUCAUUGUUAGAUCCAAGAAAUCCUUUUAGAAAUAAGCAAGAAACUGCAUUAUUGGAUAAACUGUACUCGAUGGGGUUAAUCACCGGUAAAAAACAAUUUAGUCAAACCGAUAAAAUUAAUGUUUCAGCCUUUUGCAGACGAAGGUUACCUAUUGUAAUGUGUCGAUUAAAAAUGGCCGAAACCGUUAAGGAGGCUGUUACAUUUGUUGAACAGGGUCAUAUACGUGUUGGCCCUGAAACAAUUACUGAUCCAGCCUACUUGGAUUUUGUAACUUGGGUAGAUACUUCCAAGAUUAAACGAAAGAUUAUGAAAUAUAAUGACAAGCUUGAUGAUUAUGAUUUAUUAUGA